AAUGGUAACGAGGCUACCAGCCGCCAUUUUGGAAAACGUGAGAACUCCGUCCUAAAGUUUGAGACAUCUUUCACAAAAUGUCGCUUCUAAAUAAAAAGAGGAAGCCGUUUCUUGGAGUGUCAGCGCCGUUAGGAUAUGUACCAGGUCUUGGUAGGGGUGCUACUGGUUUCACUACUCGAUCCGAUAUUGGUCCAGCACGGGAAGCGACAGACAUCAGUGAUGAGAGACACGGCAAACCAGCUCAUCUGCAGCAGAAACAGGAAGAUGAUGAUGAUGUAGAUCUGAAUGAGACUAAUUAUGAUGAGUUUUCAGGGUAUGGCGGCAGUCUGUUCUCUAGCGGCCCCUACGACAAGGAUGAUGAAGAGGCUGAUAGUAUCUACGAGUCCAUCGAUAAAAGAAUGGAUGACCGCCGCAAGGAAAGAAGGGAACAAAAGUUGAAAGAGGAAAUGGAGAGGUAUCGGCAGGAGAGACCCAAGAUUCAGCAACAGUUUUCUGACUUAAAGAGAAAGUUGAAUGAGGUGUCAGAAGAUGACUGGGUGAACAUACCAGAUGUUGGAGAUUACCGCACCAAGAAACAGAGAAAUCCUCGAACAGAAAAGUUUACCCCUGUACCAGACAGUGUUAUAAACUCGGCACUUUUAGCAGGUGGGACAGAAAAUGCCCUUAGUGGCCGACAACAGGUUUUAGGCGGCUUUCAGACACCAUUUCCAGGUGCUAUGACCCCUGGCUAUGCCACACCCUCUGCGGAUCUGGAUCUGAUAAAGAUCGGAGAGGCUAGGAAGUCCUUGGUUGGUGUAAAGCUUGACCAGGCUUCAGAUUCAGUCACAGGCCAGACGGUGGUGGACCCAAAAGGUUACCUGACAGACCUCCAGAGUUUGACUCCAGCAAGCGGCGGAGAUAUUGGGGAUAUCAAAAAGGCAAGACUUCUUUUGAAAUCAGUCAUCACAACAAACCCCCAGCAUGCCCCAGGUUGGAUAGCGGCAGCACGGCUGGAGGAGGUGACAGGGCGCAUGCAGGCGGCUAGGAAUACCAUCAUGAAGGGUACAGAGGUCUGUGAGAAGAACGAGGACAUUUGGCUAGAGGCUGUCAGGCUACAGCCUCCAGAUGCGAUGAAGGCCGUCGUGGCGCAGGCAGUGCGUCAACUUCCUCAGUCAGUUCGUCUGUGGAUUAAGGCUGCUGCUGUUGAGACUGAAAUAGUGGCUAAAAAAAGAGUCUAUAGAAAAGCUUUGGAGCACAUCCCGAACUCUGUGCGUAUCUGGAAGGCUGCUGUCGAGCUUGAGGAGCCCGAGGAUGCCCGCAUCAUGCUGAGUAGAGCUGUAGAGUGCUGCCCGACAAGUGUUGAGUUGUGGCUGGCGCUAGCAAGAUUGGAGACCUAUGAAAAUGCAAGAAAGGUGCUCAACAAAGCUCGCGAGAACAUCCCAACUGACAGACUUAUUUGGAUCACUGCUGCAAAGCUAGAGGAGGCAAAUAAUAACAUGCCCAUGGUCGAGAAGAUCAUCGAAAGAGCGGUGGCUUCGCUCAAGUCUAAUGGUGUUGAGAUCAAUCGCGAUCAGUGGAUCAAAGAUGCCGAAGAGUGCGAGAAGGCACAGAGUGUGGAGACAUGCCAAGCCAUAAUUCGUACAGUCAUCGGUGUUGGAGUAGAGGAAGAGGAUCGUAAACACACCUGGAUGGACGACGCCGACAGUUGCGUGGCUAACGGUGCGUACGAGUGUUCCCGUGCUAUCUACGCGCAUGCGCUCACGGUCUUCCCCAGCAAGAAAAGCGUCUGGCUUCGUGCUGCUUACUUCGAGAAGAACUACGGUACAAGGGAGUCUUUAGAGUCUCUUCUUCAGAGUGCGGUCAAGCACUGCCCCAAGGCGGAGGUGUUGUGGCUGAUGGGGGCAAAGUCAAAGUGGAUGGCGAAUGACAUCCCAUCUGCUCGGUCCAUCCUGGCGCUAGCUUUCCAAGCUAAUCCCAACAGUGAGGAGAUUUGGUUGGCGGCCGUGAAGCUGGAAAGUGAGAACAACGAGGAUCAAAGAGCCAGGAAGCUGCUACAGAGAGCGCGCAUGAACGCUUGUACCGCAAGGGUCAUGAUGAAGUCUAUCAAGCUUGAAUGGGUUCUUGGAAAUAUACCUGAGGCAAACAAGCUACUAGACGAGGCCGUGCAGAAAUACCCAGACUUUGCUAAGUUGUGGAUGAUGAAAGGGCAGCUACAGGAGCAAGAAAAAAACCUUCCAGAGGCCAGGGAGGCCUACAAGACAGGGGUCAAGAAAUGCCCCACCUCUAUCCCUCUGUGGCUGCUUUUGUCCCGCUUGGAGGAAAAGACAGGUCAGGCUACGAAAGCACGCUCUGUGUUAGAACAAGGAAGACAGAGAAACCCGAAGAGUCCUGAACUCUGGCUUGAAGCAGUGCGAAUUGAGACCCGUGGAGGCAGGAAAGAUUUCGCAAGAACGCUAAUGGCUAAAGCAAUGCAAGAAUGCCCAACCGCGGGGGUCCUGUGGUCAGAGGCGAUUUUCAUGGAGCCCCGGCCCCAGCGUAAGACUCGUAGUGUGGACGCUCUGAAGCGCUGUGAACACGAUGUGCACGUACUUCUUGCCGUCGCAAAGUUGUUUUGGAGCGAGCGGAAAGUGAGCAAAGCACGGGAUUGGUUUAACAGGGCUGUGAAACUGGACCCGGAUUUCGGCGACGCCUGGGCGUAUUUCUAUCGCUUUGAGCUACAGCAUGGCACCGAGGCUCAACAGGAAAGCGUAUCGCAUAAGUGCGUGCAAGUGGAGCCGCAUCAUGGCGAGGUUUGGUGCGCUGUGUCCAAAGCCAUCCCCAACUGGCGGCUCAAGACAAAAGACGUCUUGCCUCUGGCAGCUAGGUCUCUUAAACCGAUAGAGAAGGAAUAACGAAUGUCUACCUGUGGUAAAUAGUUACAACAGUCUGGGGUCCCUGUGGUCACGUGCACUAGAUGCCCGACCAAAGUCGUCCUUAACCGGGGCGAAUAGAGAAAGAACCAAGGGUCUUCAUGUCGUAUUCUCCACCAGACCGCGAUCCCUGUGGUGUCAGGGUUAUGCACGAGCUACUGUGGUGACAAAAUAAAUGCUUUGUCCUUUGCUCACGAGCUACCUAAGUUGAAAAUUAACAUCGAUUUUGGGCUAGCUGUGGGCACAGGUGCUGGUUACCUGUGAUCAUCCAAAGAUCUGGGAUCUCUGUGUUCGGUCUCGCGUUUCCGCUCUGCUUGGGCUUCCUGUGGCACCUCGACCUUAUCUGUGAUUCCUGUAGAAUGCAUAGUGUGCAGUAGUGUCCAGCGAACAGUAACGAUUAUUUGCAAAUAGAAAGACAAAGUAACCUCCAUACCAUUUGUUACGACAACGCGGCAUACUGCAUUGUAAAUAGCACUUCCAUACUUGAUAAUAAACCCUUUUCGUUGUGAA